GCCCUGCACCCCGCCUGGCCCGAGUUUUUUUGUUUUCCCGCGCUGCAUCCUCUUGCCUGUGCCGCGCCAUGGACGUCGACGGUGCGUCUUCGCCCGGCAGUCUGAGCUCGCCCCCACACUCGCCCGAGCAGGGCACGCCGACGUCGACAGUUCGCGCAUCUGCAGGCGGUGUUGGUGUUGGGACUAGCACCCCCACCCCUGCAAAUGCAUCGCCUGCAACACAUGCCCGAGGCCUGACGGCCAGCGGCCAACCACGAAAGAAGCCGGGUCCAAAGCCAAAGGCCAAGGAUCCCACUGCCCUCGAGCCCGAGAAGAAGACGCGAAAGCCUCGCAAGUCGGAGCCCAAGGAUCCAAGCAUUGUCCCCGUUCCGCGCAAGAGAAGGACAAAGGCCUCGCUCGAAGCACAGUCGCACGCACAGUCGCAGCCACAGGCACAACCACCGCCACAGCCACCGCCCCAGCCCGCACCACCGCUCGUCGAAGAGAAGCCGCCUAUCAAGCACUCGCCCGCACCGCAGACCAGGCCCAGCGAACCCGCACCCGUCCUGCCCGCAGAACAGCCACCCGCUGUGGCGCAACCUCCUCGCAUGCUGGCCAACCCCGAACCCACGCUUCACAGCAAUCCCAACCUUUCGCACAUUAGCGCCGUACCCUCAACACCACGCCCCUCGAGCUCAGGCCAGCGAUAUGAUCCCAUUCGAGGUGGCAUCUUUGAAUCAAAGCCCCAGCCGGCUGCUCCCGCUCCUCCGCCCGUCUCACCACCUCUCAACCAUCGUGCCAGUGCCUCUCCCUCUAUUACCAGUUUGAUCGACCCGCCCUCUGCCAGCAAUUCCUUCUAUUCGCAUCCUGUUAAGCUUCCCCAGCAGUCGUCCGUCACCUCGGCGCCUGUCUCGCCUGCGGCCUUUUCUACGCGCCCUGGCUCGGUCCUGCCCACUCAGGAAUUCCCGCCUCAACCCCAACCCCAGUCUCAACCCCAACAGCAUCAGCAUCAGCCUCAGCCUCAGCCUCAGCCUCAGCAGCAACAUCAGCAACAACAACAACAACAAGAACAAAAUCCGCAUUUGCUUCAACCCCAGGUUCAGCAGCACCCUGCCGCAGCAUCAGGACCAACUCCCAUGGACAUUGACUCUGAGCCUCACAAGCCAGUUUCUGUACCCAUGACAAAGUCAAACUCGGCAAACUCAGGCACGCCCUCGCACUCCAACGCCCCAACACCACCCACCAAGGCUGCGCGCCAAAAAGAGGCUCCCCCGCCUCUGCCUACGGGUAGCGGGCUCUUGUCGGGGACGCCGUUUGGCCCAGUCGCCAACGCCAAUGGUGCAUCCGAGACACAGGGUACCAACAUCUACCUCCAUUUCGACCUCAAGGGACGCGACAACGUCACGAUUAAUGUUGCUCAAGAAGUCGAGAAAAAGUACGGCUUUGCGGCUCUGCAUCCCCGCAUCGCUGCCCGCAAAGAGCGUCAACGCCAAAUCACCGCCGCUGGUGCUGCCCUGGAGAGAGCGGCAGGCGGAGGAUCCAACGAUGACCAGUCUGUCGAUCUGUCAGAGAACGAGAGCAACGUCGAGAUGGGGGGUAUGGACGACGAAACAUCAGCCAAGGAAAAUGGGGGCAAGAAGCGAAGAAAGAGAAAGCAGGAAGACUAUGACAAGGAAGAUGACUUUAUUGAUGACACGGAGCUGGCCUGGGAGCAACAAGCACUCAUGGCUAAAGAUGGUUUCUUUGUGUACAGUGGCCCGCUUGUUACCGAGGAAAAACAACCUGUGGAAAGGGCCGAUGGCACUAUGAGGCGCGGAAGAGGACGUGGACGCGGCGGCACAGUACGGGGAGAGGCAGCUGGUCGUGGCCGGGGCCGUGGCGGAGGCCCUGGGUCUCGUGGUGGCUCUACAGUCCGUAAGCCUCGCGUUACCAAGGCUGAUCGCGCUGCCAUGGAACAGGAAAAGGCGGCACGCGAGUCUCUUGCCCAGACAAUUGCAACCAAACCCAUUACCGCCACCUCCAACCAGACUGGCCAGGCUAGUGCGGCAUAAACCAAAAUAUUGUUUCCCGACACAACGACUCUCAGAAGCUGUUGUCACCAUUGGGUGUGAUUUGGCUUCUUAGCGCACCAAACCACCACACUAGCCCCACGGAUCCUACAAACUCAUUCGAGCAUCUUUUCCUUUGGCAGCAUUCACUCGGGGUCUCGCGACCAUGUUCUUUCUUUUAACUUCCCUUCUUCUGUAUCUGAUUAGUCUCUUGUACGAUACCCACAGUGGGCGGUGCGGAAUAUCACCUGGCUGGCAGGAUAUAAAGUCUAAA